UCGGUGCAAAGGGAUGAGUGAGUCGAAGCUCGGUCUCUCUCCAGCACGUUCUCAGCCGCUCCGGGUUCAGACCGAACCAGGGAGCCGCGAGCAAGGUUCGCCAUCCCGGGCCGGCAGGACUCCGGAGCUGCUGAGCGCUUCCCGCCUGUCGAGCGCUGCCAGUCCCCGCAGCCGGAGAGGGGCCAGGACUCUAGAGCUCCGGGGGUGCCUGUGGAAUCCAGCGCCUCUGGUUUCCCGGGUCCCCCGCAGAGGGAGCCUCAGAGACGCGCUCAGCCCCGGGACCGCCGCGGAACAAGAUCCAGAUUGAGAACCCACCACAGCUACCACAAUGGGCAGCAAAACCUUGCCAGCGCCAGUGCCCAUCCAUCCAUCCCUGCAGCUCACCAACUACUCCUUCCUUCAGGCAGUGAACGGCCUACCCACAGUGCCCUCGGACCACCUGCCCAACCUGUACGGUUUCAGCGCGCUGCACGCUGUGCACCUGCACCAGUGGACGCUGGGCUACCCGGCCAUGCACUUGCCACGAUCCUCUUUCUCCAAAGUGCCGGGAGCCAUGUCCAACCUGGUGGACGCGCGCUUCCAGCUGCCUGCCUUUCCUUGGUUCCCCCAUGUCAUUCAGCCCAAGCCCGAGAUCACCGCUGGAGGCAGCGGCCCCGCAGCGCUCAAGACCAAGCCACGCUUUGAUUUUGCCAACCUGGCCUUGGCUGCCACGCAAGAAGACCCGUCCAAGCUUGGUCGAGGGGAGGGCCCGGGUUCCCCCGCUGGUGGGCUGGGCGCCCUCCUGGAUGUGACCAAGCUCUCCCCAGAAAAGAAACCCACAAGAGGACGCCUACCUUCCAAGACCAAGAAGGAGUUCGUCUGCAAGUUCUGUGGCCGCCACUUCACUAAGUCCUACAACCUUCUUAUCCACGAGCGGACGCACACCGACGAGCGGCCCUACACCUGUGACAUCUGCCACAAAGCCUUCCGGAGGCAAGACCACCUACGGGACCACAGAUAUAUUCACUCCAAAGAAAAGCCUUUCAAGUGUCAAGAGUGCGGAAAAGGAUUCUGCCAGUCCAGGACUCUCGCUGUCCACAAGACACUACACUCACAGCUUGUAACUCUGACUGCGGAGAGAGAGGGGAGAGGAAAAGAAGUUCUGAGCUCUCACAGCUUCCAGCCCCUCCUCCCGCCCCAUCUCCACCCCCGGGAGCCUGCAAAAGUGUAAUCCCUUGUAUCUGCUUCAGCCACCGGCCCCGGGACCAAGCGCGGGGCUCGGCAGCUCCGGCUCCCAGCUCCCGCUGCGCAGCCGGCUGUGGGUUCUGCGGCUCAGCCGGCAGGGCGGGGGCCGCGGGCCCUGGGGCUGGAGGGGGCCCGGCCUCCGGCCCCACUGCUCCGUCGCCUGUCACCGUGAACGAGCAGCCGGCUAGGAGCAGGGCAUUGUAUUGCGAUUGGCACUUUAUGCUGACCAUCGGUAACGGACAUUUAUCACUGGAGUUUUUAAAAAUAUGAAAUAAACGGUUAUUUUACAGGCA